CCUAAAAAUUCAAACCUAACAACAUCAACACAUUGAAUUCUAACAAAGAAGAAAUUAAGAAUCAAUCAACCACAUACAAACUUGGAUAUCCGUUUUCUUUGUAUAACAACUUGUGAAAGGGAAAAAGGGGGGUGGACUGUCUGCAUUCAGGAAUUUUUGCCCUUUUCUUUGUAUAACAACUUGGAUAUCCGUUUAGUUUCUAGCGACUUCACUUCCGUUUCCAUCAUUUCCUCUCAAAAACUCGAGUAAUAUUGUAAUCGACAAUGGACGACGAUGAAGGAGGUCCAAGAUUGAGCAAGAGAUUCUCAGAUAAAGGUGGUGAAGUAGAUUUACAGACCAAAUCAGGGACUGCUUGGAGUCAUUCCUUCCUCAAUCAGAAACCUUGGCACCCUCUCUCAUACCCUAAUCAACGCCGUAAAUGGAUUGCCGAACAAACCCAUGUUCAACACCAACGCCGCUCCGAAGAAAUCGCACGCGAGUAUGCUCAAGAGCAGGAGUUUCUUCGCCAAACUUCCCUCCUUUCCCAGAAAGAGAAAGAUAAGGUGGAUGUGAUGCAAGCUGUUAGUUUUAUGUAUGUACGUCCACCUGGUUACAAUGCCGAAAGUGCAAAAGCUGCUGAAAUUGCUGAUGAGAGAAAGAAGCUUGGCGAGAUUUGCUCCUCUUCAGUCUCCACUCCAAUUGAUGUUGGUUGUAGGCCACAAGAAGUUGCAGCUUUGAUGGAAGAGAAAAAGAAAGCUAGACCUAAGGAUGUUUUCGGCCGCACUUUACCAACAGAAGAAGAAUUUGCAGUUCUCAAGAAUGCUCCAAGGUUGGAGACUGGAGUUACUGGUAGGGUUAAGCCGUUUGCCGUAGAAGUCCGCAAUGUUAAAUGUGUAAGAUGUGGAACUUUUGGGCACCAAAGUGGAGAUCGUGAAUGUCCACUGAAGGAUGCUAUAAUGCCAAAUGAUGAGAGUAGGCUCAAGAGAGAUGACCCCUUGACAGCUAUCAUGGCACAGAUGGAUACAAGUGAGCCUCUGAAGUGGGAGUUGAAGCAGAAACCAGGUAUCAGUCCUCCACGUGGUGGAUUUCAGCCAGAUGAUCCCAACCAGCAAAUAGUUGCUGAGGACAUAUUUGAUGAAUAUGGAGGAUUUCUCAGCGCUGGCGUUAUACCAGAGUUGCUGGCAAGUUUGUCCUCCACAAAUCACAAUAAGAAGUCUAAAAGUAAAAGGCACCGUAAAAAUGUUUCACAUAAAAAAUAUCAUGAAGGAAACAGCUCUAGUUCGGAUAGUGACAAUGGGAAAAGAAGAUCAAAGAUGAGAUCUAAGAGUAAAAGCAAAGAGCUACGCGCAUCACGCGGGCAAAGCCAUGACGGGAAUAGUCCUGCUUCCAAUGAUGAUAAUGGUAAAAAGAUUCUAGCAAUGAAGGUUAAAAGCAGUAGUAAGCAUAAGAAGCGAGCAUCAUAUCUGGAUAGUGAUCAAGAAAGUGAUUCUACUUUUGACAACUAUGAGCACAAAAGGAGAUCAAGAAAGAAACACACGCGUAACAAGAGGAACAAAAAGGAUUUAUCUUAUUCCAGCAUGUCAGAAGAGCCAAAGGAUGAGAAGUAUCACGUGAAGAGUCAGCGUAAGGAUUCACGUCAGUUUGAAUGUGCUUGUAAGGACAAGAAUUGUCUCUCACAUGGAUGUAAAAAGUCAAAAGUUUCACAUGAAGAUAACUCUUCGGAUGGUAAAAGGAAAUCAAGCAGACAAAGCGAAAAAUGCCGGAAUAAGAUGAUGCGUGGCCGCCAAGAUGAUUCUAAAUUUAGUUCAUCAGAUAAUUCAGAAUCUGAGAGACACAAGAGGAAACAUAAGCAUUCUUUUUCAUCAAAGGGGCGAUUAUAAGGAUCAUAAUGGGAGCGUGCACCAUAGUGGAAGGCUGCAACAGUAGAAAAUUGAUAUUGCUACUGUGCAAGUAUAUGUACGCAUGUGGGCAUUACAGGAGCUUCUAAAGCAAAUGGAAGGGGUUCUUGAUAAAGAAGCUUGACAUGAAGGACUGAGCUUUGGUUUGGUUGUGCGAGACAAAAUUGUCAACUAGAUUUUUCCUGGGCAUAGUUGACUGAGCUCUUUCUCAAAGGGUUGCAUUUAGAUUUCUCGGUCACUCACGAAAAUCUGGAUGUCAAAUUGAUGGUGUAGACAACAUUUUGGUUCCAACUUAUUUGGAGCUUGUUAAGUGGAAGUCAAGGAUGAUUGGAAAUCUCGAUGCAGUUUUGAUUGGAUUGGACUAGAUUCACAAUUUUAAGUAAUCUAAAGCUCACUGCAUCUUUGUCUUUCUAGGUAAGGGACCUUAUGUUACUAGGGGAUUUGUUUAGGAUAUACUAGUAAUUAGUUCAAUUACAACAUAUUGUAAGGUGCUGCAUGAUUGUCUUCUUGAAUCUACAAUGACUUUGAGGUUCAACACGCGAAUUUGCAGAGGGUGGUGGUGACUGCCAGGCAACGUUCUGCAGGAGUUCCUCAUAGUUCUCAUCUCCCUGAAAAAUGUACUCAGGAAGAAGUAGCUCCUCAACUGAGUUGCACACGAUUUUGAUUCUGAAGCUCAAUUGCAAUUCAGUUGAAGUGCCAUGCUCUUUGAGUUUGUGUUGAUGUUGAAUCCACCAAGUCCCUGGGGUACAACUAAAAGAAAAGGUAGGAAGUCCAACAAUGGUGAUAUCUUGUUUCAAAUUCCACAAAAAAUCCCAGUAUUGGCAUAUUUUUUCACACUUUACACUCUAAAAAGGAGUCCAAUAAUUUUGUACUAAUUAAUGAUUAGUAAUUUACUAUUCAAGAAUUUCUUAAUUUUUGUUUAUUACAUUUAUCAGUUUUAAACUUUCGAUGUAGUUGUAAUAUAUUGACUUUUACACUUAUUAAGCCAUAAUUUUGACAAUAA